CCGCCGCCGCCGCCGCCCUCGGCAGACAGAGGCAGGACUGAGGCUGUGCGAAUCCCGCAUUUCAAUGAGCACUGGCCGAGGCGCGUCCCUGCUCUAGCGGCCGCAGCCCGGACGCCCGCGCUCCAGCAGCCGCCGCCCCAGCCCCGCAGCCCCGGCCGCGCCCAGCCCGGCGAGGACAGCACCAGGAGGCGGCCACAAAGACCCCCGGCGGCGUCUCUCCGCGGACCGGUUCGACCUGCAGCCCGUCAUGUCGUUCGGCAGAGACAUGGAGCUGGAGCACUUCGACGAGCGGGACAAGGCGCAGAGAUACAGCCGCGGGUCGCGGGUGAACGGCCUGCCGAGCCCCACGCACAGCGCCCACUGCAGCUUCUACCGAACCCGCACGUUGCAGACGCUCAGCUCCGAGAAGAAGGCCAAGAAAGUGCGUUUCUAUCGCAACGGAGACCGCUACUUCAAAGGGAUUGUGUACGCCAUCUCCCCAGACCGCUUCCGAUCUUUUGAGGCUCUGCUGGCUGAUUUGACCCGAACUCUGUCGGAUAACGUGAACUUGCCGCAGGGAGUGAGAACAAUCUACACCAUCGAUGGGCUCAAGAAGAUCUCCAGCCUGGACCAGCUGGUGGAAGGAGAGAGUUAUGUGUGUGGCUCAAUAGAGCCCUUCAAGAAACUGGAGUACACCAAGAACGUGAACCCCAACUGGUCGGUGAAUGUCAAGACCACCUCAGCUUCCCGGGCGGUGUCUUCUCUGGCCACUGCCAAAGGGAGCCCUUCGGAGGUGCGGGAGAAUAAGGAUUUCAUUCGGCCCAAGCUGGUCACCAUCAUCAGAAGUGGGGUAAAGCCACGGAAAGCUGUCAGGAUUCUGCUGAACAAGAAAACUGCUCAUUCCUUUGAGCAGGUCCUCACCGAUAUAACUGAUGCCAUCAAGCUGGACUCGGGGGUUGUGAAACGCCUGUACACCUUGGAUGGGAAACAGGUGAUGUGCCUUCAGGACUUUUUUGGUGACGAUGACAUUUUUAUUGCAUGUGGACCGGAGAAGUUCCGUUACCAGGAUGAUUUCUUGCUAGAUGAAAGUGAAUGUCGAGUGGUGAAGUCCACUUCUUACACCAAAAUAGCUUCAUCCUCCCGUAGGAGCACCACCAAGAGCCCAGGACCUUCCAGGCGCAGCAAAUCCCCUGCCUCAACCAGCUCAGUUAAUGGAACCCCUGGUAGUCAGCUCUCUACUCCACGCUCGGGCAAGUCGCCAAGCCCGUCACCCACCAGCCCAGGAAGCCUGCGGAAGCAGAGGAGCUCUCAGCAUGGUGGCUCCUCCACUUCCCUUGCGUCCACCAAAGUCUGCAGCUCCAUGGAUGAAAAUGACGGCCCUGGCGAAGAAGUGUCAGAGGAAGGCUUCCAGAUUCCAGCCACGAUAACAGAGCGAUAUAAAGUUGGAAGGACAAUAGGAGAUGGAAAUUUUGCUGUUGUCAAGGAAUGUGUAGAAAGGUCGACUGCUAGAGAAUAUGCUCUGAAAAUUAUCAAGAAAAGCAAAUGUCGAGGCAAAGAGCACAUGAUCCAGAAUGAGGUGUCUAUUUUAAGAAGAGUGAAACACCCCAAUAUCGUUCUUCUGAUUGAGGAGAUGGAUGUACCAACCGAACUGUAUCUUGUCAUGGAACUAGUCAAGGGCGGAGACCUUUUUGAUGCCAUUACUUCCACCAACAAAUACACCGAGCGAGAUGCCAGUGGGAUGCUGUACAACCUGGCCAGUGCCAUCAAAUACCUCCACAGCCUGAACAUCGUCCACCGUGACAUCAAGCCUGAGAACCUGCUGGUGUAUGAGCACCAAGAUGGCAGCAAAUCACUGAAGCUGGGUGACUUUGGACUGGCCACCAUUGUUGACGGCCCCCUGUACACAGUCUGUGGCACCCCGACAUACGUGGCUCCAGAAAUCAUUGCAGAGACUGGAUAUGGCCUCAAGGUGGACAUCUGGGCAGCUGGUGUCAUCACUUACAUCCUGCUGUGUGGUUUCCCUCCGUUUCGUGGAAGUGGUGAUGACCAGGAGGUGCUUUUUGAUCAGAUUUUGAUGGGGCAAGUGGACUUCCCUUCUCCGUACUGGGAUAAUGUUUCCGAUUCUGCAAAGGAGCUCAUCACCAUGAUGCUGUUGGUCGAUGUCGAUCAGCGAUUUUCAGCCGUACAGGUCCUGGAGCAUCCCUGGGUUAACGAUGAUGGCCUCCCAGAAAAUGAACAUCAGCUGUCAGUAGCUGGAAAGAUAAAGAAGCACUUCAACACAGGCCCCAAGCCGAAUAGCACAGCAGCUGGAGUUUCUGUCAUAGCAACCACCGCUCUUGAUAAGGAGAGGCAGGUUUUCCGACGAAGACGCAACCAGGAUGUGAGAAGCCGAUACAAGGCGCAGCCAGCUCCGCCAGAACUCAACUCGGAGUCGGAGGACUACUCCCCAAGCUCCUCCGAGACUGUUCGCUCCCCCAACUCGCCCUUUUAA